ACAAUGAUCUCUUGGACAUUAAGAAAAUAUAGAUGUUUGUAUUUUUUUGUUAUGAAUUGAAAGGGAAGAGUCUGGAUUUCUUACCAAUUUUGGAGGAUUUCAUUGCCAAAGACAAGCUUGUCUUCUUCAAAUCUCGCUGGAUCCCUCUGGCACCUUUCUUCUUUAUAUUUCUUUCACCUUUCAUUUAUGGAAGAAUCCCAAAAUCCAACCACAAAUGCAAAUUCAUAAUUGCAUAUCACCGUUGAAUUCAUAAUGACCCACUCACACGCAUUCUUCCUGUUUGGCAUUACUGCGGCGCGUCCAUGCUUCCACACACGCAAAACGAUAAGCGGAGUAAGAUAAUCUCGCUUGCCAAACACUUCCUUUUCUUCUAUUAACGGCUACUCUCGAACUUCGUUCCUCAUGCCCUCCUUUUUUGCUUCACUUUCCUUUCCUCUGUUUUUCCCGGAAAAUUGAAGGGACCUGAAAAUGUUUGGCAAGAAAGCUUCUUUCAACUUCACUCUCGUUCUCUUAUUUUCUUUCUCUUUGUCAAGCCCAGACUUCGCUGCUUUACUCUCCUUCAAGGCCUCCUCGGACCCAUUCGAUUCACUCUCCUCUUGGGUUAGCUCCUCUGCCUCAAACCCUUGUCUCGACUCGUGGCUCGGCGUCACCUGUAACCCGGUCACUCACCGAGUCACGCGACUUGUCCUCGAGAAUCUUAACCUAACCGGACCGAUUGACUCGCUUUCCGGACUCACUCAACUCAGGCUACUUAGUCUUGAGAAAAACUACCUCUCCUCUUCAUCGUCUCUUAAUCUGUCUUUGUGGCCAAACAUCAAACACCUCUAUCUAUCACACAAUCGUUUCGCCGGAAAUUUCCCCGACGGAGUUUCGACAUUACGGCGACUACUGCGUCUUGAGCUGUCUUACAAUAACUUCUCUGGCGGAAUCCCGCUGAACGAAUUGGCUAGGUUGACCCGAUUGUUGACUCUACGACUAGAGGCCAACUUGUUUACUGGAACACUCGACUCUGGCGACUCAUCAAUUUAUUCUCUCGUUGACUUCAACGUUUCUGGCAACAAACUCUCCGGGGAGAUUCCGACGUGGCUGUCGCGUUUUCCGAGGUCGUCGUUUACUGGAAACGAGAAUCUCUGCGGCGAACCGUUACUCCUCAGCUGCUCUAAUCGGACGGUGCCGAGCGAGCCCGUACGAUCGGAUAAUCAUGGAAGUAGAGGACCGAGUAAGGCAGUGGUCCUCAUCAUUGUUAUCAUCGAUACAGUGGCGAUUGUGGCGGCGUUGGUGACAGUGACGUGGUGUUGCCGUUACAAGGCUAGGGCCCACAGAGAUGUCACUACUAAGCCCAAUAAUAAGGCCCACAGUUUUGUUGGGCCCCACACUGAGCCUAGAGUGGAUGAGGAGAAGAUGGUGGCAUUUGAGGGUUGCAAGGGUUUUAGCAAGGUGGAUGAUUUGUUAAAAUCAUCAGCUGAGCUGUUGGGGAAAGGGACUGUGGGGACCACUUACAAGGUGGUGAUGGACGGUGGUGGUGUGGUGGUGGUGAAGAGGGUUAGGGACAAUCUCAGGACAAAAAACCUUGAUGGAUGGUUGAGAUUAAUUGGUGGGAUUAGGCAUUCUAAUAUCCUGAGCCUCAGAGCAUACUAUCAUUCCAAGGAGGAGUUGCUAUUGGUCUAUGAUUUUCUACCAAAUGGAACCUUGCAUUCUCUCCUACAUGGAAACAGAGGGCCAUGGAGAACCCCAUUGGAUUGGACUACGAGGUUAAGGCUAGCUUCAGGAGCUGCAGAGGGCCUGGCCUUCCUGCAUUCAUACAGCAAAGCCAAGCUCUUCCAUGGACAUGUAACAUCAUCAAACAUCAUUGUUGAUCACCACGGCAAUGCUUGUGUAUCAGAUAUUGGUCUCCACCAGCUCUUACAAACACCAAAGUGGACCAACAAUGACUACAAGCCCCCGGAAUUGACUCUCAGCAGCAGCAACAACAGAAAUUACACUCAGAAAUCUGAUGUUUAUAGUUUUGGAGUGGUUGUUUUGGAGAUUUUGACGGGGAAAAUGGCGAGCGGAGAAGGACAAGAGAGUUUGGUGAAGUGGGUUCAAAGUUUGGGGAGAGAAGAGUGGACAUGGGAGGUGUUUGAUUAUGAGUUGAUGAGGUACAAAGAGAAUAAGCAGGAGAUGGUGGCUUUGAUGGAAGUGGGUUUGCUUUGCUUGACUAGUUUGGGUAAAGAUCGUCCAAAGAUGAGUAUGGUGCAUAGUAUGAUUGAAGGUAUAAGGACAAAGGGAGCAAUUGGAGGUGUGAAUUGUGUUGUGAAUAAUCUUUCUUCUGAUUCUUCUCCUGCUUUAUCAGAAGGUACACGCACCAACUCCAUUGGCAGACAACUUUAGAGGAGUCUAGUUUGCUAGUGUUUCAUAUAGUUGAUUCAUUCAUUUAUGAUUUCUCUUUUACAUAUGUUUUUUAGGCAUUUGAUGUAGUUGCAUCGCCUUGGAUUGAUAAUAUAAGAAAAACUCAUGCUCACAAAA